UCAACUGCCAGUCACUGUACGGAUGAAACAGACAGUAAGGAUGGAAGAGCCAUUGGGGUGAGCACACAGUUCAUCAUUACUAUUUCUUCAGCCAUCUCAGAAGCCUAUGUUACAGUGAAGAUCUAGAGGACAUCAUGAUUCUGUAAAAUGGUUCACACUUGACCUCAAUGGCUGCAGACGUACAGCCUAGAUCGCUCGUGUCGCGUUCCAAGGUCAGGUUUGAGGGCGUCAGCGUGCACAGCAUUGACAGCACGGAGUACAAUGUCACAGACAACGACCUUGACAGUGUGAAAUCUGCGCUGUCAGAACCAGAGAAAGAAUUUGAUGACAACAAGUCGAAAAAUGAAGACUCAAAUGAUGAGCUUCAAGAUAUUUCACCAGCUGAAAGAGAUGUACACCUGUCUGAAGACAUUAAAGGUUUUGAAAACCAUAAAGAGAAGACAGGAAGAGAGGCAAUGGUUUCACCAGAAGACACCUCGGGAAGAAUCUUGGUACAGACCUCCAUCCCGUAUGGGUUCCAGCACAGACAGAUGUAUGAACACAACAAGAAGCUGACUGAUGUCAUUGAUGUGACGUUUAACGGCCGUCUGCGGAUGUUCUCUAUCCUGGACACACGGGGGAUCACCUGCUGGUACAGCGAUGUCAUCGUUGGACAUCCUGUUGUGCGCAGCCUUCACUACCCCAAGUACAUGUUCAAUGUCAUCAAGAAGAUCACUUUCUCCAAGAAGUACAACGUUUACUUCACCCUGGGGAAAGACUUCUCUCUCAAGGUUUAUAACAAGAACUUUGACGAGACGUGUUCCGUUGAGAACCAUGACCUGAAGUCUGUCCUCUUCAUGCUGUGGAAUCCUGGGAGAGAUGAGCUGAUCACAGGGGGGGUGGGGGGCACCAAGGUGUGGGAGUUCACCAAGAGGCUUGAGAUCAUGGCUGACAUACGGCCCAUGUCCAACUACAGGCUGGUACUCAAACAUGAGUGGCCUAACGUAGGAGGCAGCUGGGCACGUUAUGUGCAGCUGGACCUGAACAUGCAGCAUCUCUACUGCUGUACCGAGACUGACCUCUACUGUUACAGCACAGAGGGACAGCUGCUGUACAAGAUACUCAGGGCCCACAAGACCUUCAUCACAGGGUGCCAGUUCUCCCAGCAUGCCAAGCUGCUGGUCACCAGUAGCCAUGAUUUUGAAGUUAAGGUGUGGAGCAUUAAGGGUGGUCUGGUGCACGUGUUCCGGGGUCACUCCCGAGGGGUCACCCAGCUGGUCCUGCACCCCGCGACCUCUGCGCUCGUGCUGACCUCUUCGCUGGACGGAACCGUCAAGAUGUGGUCACUCGACACCAUGGACAUCAUUUACAGCCUGAGUCUACACAAAGAAGGUAUCCAGUGGAUGGGUCUGACCAAUGACAACCUUCUGUACUGCGCCUCGCCGCGCCGGAUCAGCACCUGGUUCCUGAACCACGUGGUGGACUUCUGGGCACACGCUCGCUGUCGGGCGUGCUCGCUAACCGUCGUCCCGGCAACCGGCAAGAGCAAGAGGGUCAUGCUCGUGGGGGACGACUCAAGCGUGCGACUGUUUUCGCGUAAGGAACGUAAGAACCUGUCCACGGUGCUCCCUCCCCCGUCCAUCUCCCCCUUCCAGCAGGUGGAGUGUGUGGCCUACAACAGGACACACAACAUGGCCUUUCUACUCAUCAACCCAUGGGAGAUAUGGGCCUAUACUACCAAGAGUGACCCAGCCUGUCGACACCUUGUGUGGGAUAUAGCUGAAAUCCAGGAAGAGUAUGUCACUAAGGCUAAAGAGGCAGCAGCAGACAUAGAGAAAAGGCAGCUCAGACCUUCAAACCGUGCGGCUCUGCGUAAACUGCAGCAGACGGAAAAGGCCACAUACAACGGCUGGGGACAUCAGGAUGUCGUGCCAUGUACAAGUCUGGGGACUCUGCAGGUAGGAGUAGAGUACUGGACAGAGAACGGCCGCUGCUGCCCACGUGCGUCAGCCUUCCUCCUGAUGGGGAUGCAGGACGGACGGGUUCUCUUCAUGGACGUGCAGGAACCAGGGGUGAAGCAUCUGGAACUACAGGCUAACAAAGACGCCAUCAUAGAAGUGUACCAUGACACAGAGCACCAGUGCCUGGUGACCAGGACCAGACAACAGGACUGGGACGUUCUACAGUUCUUCUCUCUGCCUGAACUCUCACUGCUGCACCUCACCAGGAUAGGGUCUGAUGUGGUGGCACAUGCUCGCAUUGGUUCCUCCCUCCUGUGUGGAUGCAGCAGUGGCCAGUUGGACCUCAUCACACUGACAGAACAUAGGGAAGAGGUGACAACAGACGAGGAAGGUGACACUGAGAGCCAGGCUUCAUCAGAAGGUUCAGAGAGUCGCAGGAUGAAGGCAGAACACAGCAGUGCAGUUCUGUCUGUGGACGCCUGCCAUAACAUGGGACUCUUCUGUACAUGCAGUGGGGACGGUGCAGUGAAGAUCUGGGACACACAGAAGGUGCUGGUGACUGAGAUUCUGCUGGACAACUCCCUCAGCUGUGCCUGUUUUCUCAACAACAGGGCAGACGUACUGGUGGCUUAUAAACAUCACAUCUUCAUCAUACCCCAUAAAAAAGUCUGCCCUUCUUUAACAGUGCCAGAGAUACGAGAAGAGGACUUGGAAACAGAGUCUUUAAUCUACGAGGACCCGAGCAUGUUAUAUGAUGGGGAUGAUGAUCUAGCAGAACCGACCAACCUUAACACCUACCUGGUACCGUUUGAGAACCUCCAGGGAAAGAUGAACAGACCACUGACGGGGAGACACAGCCCUACAGAGGUAUCGAGUGUAUCCAGUGACCUGUCCCUGGCCCCCACAGACACCUACAUGUCCCCAUGUUCCACACCGCGGGCCUGGUCAGAGAUAGAUCUGGUUCUGUCAGCCGACGUCAGCACUCAGGACCUCAAGGACAAGGAGAGAGCCUUGAGUCAGACUGGUUUCCACCGGCCUAAUGACAGCAGACCAAGCACGGGGACAAAAGAGUUUAACUUCCCUCGUUACGGCCAGUCACCUGGUCCCUCCCCGCCCGGUACUCCUGUUAAACAUAAGGAACAAGAGAUGACAGAGGCACAGAAGGAAAGGAUACAAGAAGUGCUACAGAAGUGGGUGUCCCAGACAGAUGAACCAGAAGAAGAGUCAGUGUCAUAUGAAGACUUCAUGAUGCAGACAGAAGAAGAACCAAAACCGAAACCUGCCAAAAAACAAGCACAGAAGGGGAAAGCCAAGGCCAAGGCUAAGGAGCCUCCUGUCAAAAAGUUUGAUGACUUUGAUGAAGGUGAAUCAAAGUUCAAACAAGCCAGUAAAAUUGACAUCAAGUCCAUCAUGAAGACAGAAAAGAAGCCGAAGUCAGCGCCCGGUGGAAGGUCAUCUCUGGACACAGCGGAGAAACUGGGUCAGCAAGUUGAGCAAGAGACGCGCCCAAGGUCAACUGCAACUUCCCGCAAGAAGAUAACCAAGAAAGAGAGGAAGGUACAAGAACGCAGGGUUUCCAGGAGAAAGUCUGCUGCACAGGCAGAGGACAGCAGACCUGCAUCUGCUCAUACUGAACAGGAGGAGGAGGAGGAGGCAGGGGAGGGACAAGAGGAGGAGAGAGAUGAUGCAGAAGAUGAAGAAUCUGCUCAGGUGCCAUCUGAAGCUGAAUCCGAGGUCGGCGUUUCGGACACACCUGAUCCGCAGGUGCCACCUGGAACACCUGCUGCACCUGCCACACCUGUGCGGUCCUCCUCUCCCAACUGCAGCGAUGCCACACAGACACCUGCCGCAGCUGCACCUUCAGAGGCAUCCUUAUCGGAUGGUAUCCGCCCAAGUGAAGCAGACCUGAGUAGAAGACCGAGUGCUGCUGCCUCCAUGGUCUCACUCAAGAGCGAGGGGGAAAGUGCAGCUACGGAAGACAUGUACCAGGCUCCAGCCUCAAGGAUUGUGAUCAGUAGUAAGCAGGGUACAGUGGAGUCUGUGCGGCCGCAGUCAUCGACUGAAGACAUUGCAGCAGCAGCAACACCGCAGCCAGAGUCAGACCAGGAUGAGGGGAGCACAGCACGGCCGAAUACUGCAGCUUCUGGUAUUCAUGUCAGUUUCAAGUCAGCAUCACCAGAUCCAUCAGAAGGAAGAGUACUAAUAGAUUACAGAGAGCUCCCCAAGAAUGAUGGCCUGAAAUUUGAUGACCACUGGCAGGACAGAGCAAUAGAAAGGUACCAGCUACUGAAGCUGCAGAAGCAGCAGCGUAUGGAGGCAGCGAAGGAGAGACGAGCGGUCCUGGAGCUGAGGCAGUGGCACAAGAGACGGUCUUUACUAGGGCAUCACGACUGUCACGGGGAGGGCUUCGACGGGGGUUACGCCAGUAAAUCAGACAGCUCGCUGCACAUCCUGCCACGGCCUCAGACCACAGCCACCUCUGUGGACCCAGCGUGUUUCUCCCGUCUGUCCGGCGAUGUCAGAGCGGACACCUCACAAGUCUCCCCCCCUCCCCCGCAGCCCAGGAAGCCUGUACACAAGGAGGGGCUAGGGCUGGAGAGGCCAUUCAGAAUCUCUAUGCGUCCCCAGUCAGGCAAGUCGUACGUGCGGAGAGAAGAUGUGUUUGAGACGGAGAACAGAAGCUCCAGCGAACCCCUGCUCAUCCGCAGACCACGGUCAAGCAAGUCCAUCCCCAGCAAAUGCAAUCGUUUUGUCCUGUUGUCUACGGGGAACACGCCAGACGUGCCCAAACCUGAGCCGACACCGCUGGAGGCCAGACUGCUGGCACAGAGGUUCCCUCAUGCACAACAGAGAACACUGGUGAGCCAGCCAAGAACGCCCCCUAUCCCUCGCAGGAAAACUACACCUGCUUCUACAUAUGGCAGUCGCAGGAACUCUGUACCCAGCUAUGCCACGUUGCACAGCUAGCCUUUAUUGUAGUAGGUAAAGAUAACAUAAAUUUUCGUGCAAAAACAUUCAAUGUGUGUGCCAAAUUCGGUGCAUUGUGACUACAUUUGUUAAGCAAACUGGCUGAUUUUCCAGCUAUGUCGCUGGACCAUUAAUUUUAUUUUUGAAGCGUAUAUUUUUAUUUGCUGUAAAUUUGACAUAUAUAUGUAUGGAUGAAAGUUUUACCAAAAUAUGUCAUAAUCUUGCUGUGAAUACAAGCAAUCUAUCUUUCUUUUAAAUGU